CUAUAAUAUGAUAUCUGAAACGUGUAUAAUUUUAGAUGUUUUUUGAAAUUUUUAAUUUUCAUUUAACUUAUUAUAUUUUUAAUGUUUUUGUAGAUUUACUUUAUAAACUGAUUUAUUUAUGGAAGCUAAUAUGGAUCGCGGGAAAUCCGCUAUUGGAUAUUAUUCUUAACCCGACCCGGUGAAAAUACCCGUUUAAAAGUUACGCGCACAUCCGUUAAAUAGUCCAACGUACCUCCCCAUAUUGAUACAGUCAGUUAAUGCUAACGUUGCCGUCCCAGUCACAGUUAAGCAAAACUACUCUGAUAUUUAAUACAAAAGAAAAAUCGACCGUUUAUAAACGGCGUUUGCUCACCAUAACUGCACCACCAUGACCACCGUCUACUCCGCUUCAGCCACCGUAACGGAAGGCACGAAAGUUUCCCCCCGGAGGUCGAAUAAUAACGGAAGAAAUGGAAAGUUGCGGGUGAUUUGUAGAUACGGCGGUAACAUAGUAUCGCAGCGCUACGUGGGCGGAGAUACUCGUAUCGUGGCCCUUCCCCCCGCGGCGGAGACGAGCUUCGCUUCGCUAGUUAGCCACCUUGCGGCUACGCUCGGAGUCUCUUACGACUUCAAGGUGAAGUACCAGCUCCCUGAUCAGGAGCUGGACUCCCUCAUCUCCAUCGCGACGGAUGAGGACGUUCAGAUCAUGAUGGAGGAGCACGGAUAUCUCACGUGCGAGUCGUCGUCAACGGUUCCAAAAACGCGCAUACGGUUGUUUCUCUUCCCUUCGAAAACGAGCCAGGGAGGUCUGGCUCGGUGUAAAGCGGUGGCGGAUACUGAUUGGCUUGGAAGAGAAGAGUCCAAGCCUGUGCUGACUCAUCCAAAGACUGAAACGUGGUUCGUAGACGCGUUAAAGAGCGCGGAGAUGAUGCUGACUGGGCGAGAUCUUAGUGGAGAUGUUAACGGACAGGAGUCUAUGACGAACGAGACCAGUUCGAACUUAGGCUCCACGUCAUCCUCAGCUUCUUCCAGCAAUUUGCCUCCGGUGAAAAGGUCCGGCCAGGGCAUUUCUCAGGUCAAAUAUUCUCCGGUAGAAUCAGUGACAAGAGACGAAGAAGCAAGUCCUCUAAUUGCGUUUAGUUCAAGUGCCAUCACCCAAAUCUCUUCUCACGAGCUACCAACACGUCCUCAUGUUUUGGAAAACAAAUUAUCUUCUAACAUGUACGAGGCUGAGCUAAACAAACCAGUUCCAGUUCAAGUCCCAGUUUCGGGGUAUCCACCAUAUCUUAACCAAUCUCAACAACAGCAUACCCAUGUCGUUUACACUGGACAGCCUUACAUUACUGGAACCUCACCUAUUACAUUGCCUGCCACAACAUAUCCUCACACAAACCACCUACAGUAUCAACUCCCGCCACAGCCAUACCCAAUCUACUACAGUCCAGUUGAUCAGUACAGUUCAAGGCACGUUCAAGCACCACCUGUGAAACACAACAAUGUUUUAAACACCCACCAAGUUGAUUUCCCAAUGGUUCGCACCAGCAGCCCUCUAGCUACAGAGUUGUCCUCACAUAUAUACCCUCCUCCACCCAAACCCGUUUUAAACACCCACCAAGUUGAUUUCCCAAUGGUCCGCACCAGCAGCCCUCUAGCUCCAGAGUUGUACCCUCCACCCAAACCAGUUGAUUCAUCGGUACAAACAUCAAGUGAGGCUGUCCUUAGAGAUGAUCACAUCUAUAACAUUGAUCACCUCGAUGACGAUACAGUAUGUGCUCAGAUUUACAAAACUCAGCCACCAGCUCCCAUAAUACCGUCUCAGUUACAAACCAUGAUGCUGACUGAAGCUCUCGGUAAGCUACGCAUCCAUAAUGGUUGAGAGAGUAGUAAAAAACAAUUAUCAUGUUGAUGUAGUUUCAAGCAUUUGGUUUUACAGUUUUGUUUUGGUUCCCUCCCACGCAUGGUUCUGCCUUUUUUUUUUCUCUUUCAGUCAACGUGAUCCUUGUUUCACGCACUUUGUUGUUGUAAUACUAUAUCACAUGAUGAUCUUAUGUCUUUUUAUCUUUCCAGAUACAUUCUGUAAAGAAAUUUGUUAUAUGGUUAAUUUCUUUUUGUUUGCCCGGGUAAGAAUUUGUUGAUAUCCAUAAGUUGAUUCUACUGUAUUUGGAUGAUUUUAUAGUUAAUCUUGUUUUAUAUGUAUUAGAAAAUCUCAAAGAUUACGAGAUCGCGUAAAAUAUAUUUCCAUCUAACUAUUAUGAAAGUAGCAUUAAUGUUUUGAUUAGGUUUCUUAUUCUAUUAUGUAAGAACAUGUUAUAAAGUUAUGUAAUUUGUAUAAAUAAGCAUGUAAGGGUAAGGCUAAAGAACAAAAUGAAAAAAAAAAUUACAGUACUUAGUUUUUAUCCAAACAUAUGAUAGUAUUAGAGUCACCCGAUGUUGGGAACAUUGUGGAUGUUGUUCCUACGAUUGUUUUUUUUUUGGUAUACUUUCCUACGAUUAUUCAUACUUGAGUGUGACGGAUAGAGUUAAUGAAUGAUUGAAGUUCACAUCGAUAGUUGAAAAAUUAAUGGAGUAAUAUAUAAAGAGUUAGGAUAAAUAGUAAUACACUUAUAAGUUAUAACCACUUGAUAUAAAUUGGAAGUUCAUCUAGCCUUACAAUAUGUGAAUAUGUUAACUUCAUAAAGCAGUUCAAAAUAUAGUGGUUUGGUUGUG